UGUGUGUGUGUGUGUGUGUCAGGAGCUGAUCAGGGUAUCUCAGGCUCCCCUUGUCCUGUACAGAAGAGUUUUUGGAAGACUCUGACUCGUGUUACACUUGGACCUACAAUUCUAUAAAAGUUUAGACUUUCGACUUGUUGGACAAAAGAAAGACGAGCGUCCAGAGGAGACCAGCGAGGUCCAAAUCAUCAUCUUCAUCACCCCCUACCCUCCCCGUUGGCAUGGCAACCAGCAGCUCAUCAUCACCGCUAAUGAAAACCAAACCUCAGCAGCAGAGAUUGGUCAGCAAGGAUGGGCGGAGUCUUAUGCGCAGCCCUGCCUCCGGUGUACGGGAAACAUGGAUCGGGGCGUUUAAGGACAUGUGGGGGGCGUGGCUUUCCCUGCGUUGGCGAUGGGUGGUGUUAGCAUUCUGUGGUUCCUUCCUCCUCCACUGGCUUCUCUUUGCUGUACUGUGGUAUGUCUUGGCACGUGCCAAUGGUGAUUUGGGCGUGGACCAUGACAACCCGCCACCCGGGCAUACACUGUGCGUCAAAUAUGUCACGGGUUUCACUGCCGCCUUCUCGUUCGCCCUGGAGACCCAGCUGACCAUCGGAUAUGGGACCAUGUACCCCAACGCCGAUUGCCCCACCGCCAUUGCCCUUCUUGCCCUGCAGAUGCUGCUGGGGCUCAUGCUUGAGGCCUUCAUCACUGGUGCAUUUGUGGCUAAAUUCUCUCGUCCACAGAAGCGCUGCAGUGGAAUCUUGUUCAGCCCUAAAGCCGUGGUGUGUGAAGUCGAUGGUCAACGUUGCCUAAUGUUCCGUGUGUGUAACCUGCUCUCGAGGCCGCUGGUUGACGUAUGUGUGAGUGCCGUGCUCUAUGAGGAACAGGACGAUCACACAAUCCGCCAAACCGCCCUGGAUUUCCUGUUGGAUGGCUUGGGCUCGCGACCUUGCCCCCUCUUCCUGUCACCUUUGACCUUUCUCCACCCCUUGACCCCAGACAGCCCGCUGAUUCGUGCCAUGCCCCCUUCAGGCCAGUCACAGUUUGAGCUGGUUGUGUUUCUUUCUGCUUCCCAGGAGGGCACUGGAUCCGCCUACCAGAAGAGGACGUCCUACUUGGCUGACGAGAUCCAAUAUGGCCGCCGUUUCACCAAAGCGGUCCUGCACGGAGAACGGCGGAACAGCGCUCAGGCCAUGCGCUAUUUCGACACGCACAUUUGCCCACUUAUGGGACCCAACACGUACAGCAACUCUCGGGACAAGGAGUGUGUGGUACAGGUCAACGGCGACGGUAACGAUGCAAUGGAAUAGCUGUGUGUGUGUGUGUGUGUGUGUGUGUGUGUGUCGUCCAUUUUUCCUCAUCCAAUCUGUGCACAUGAAAGGGCAUUUCACUUGAGAACAACACUCAUAUAACUCUUACAUAUCAUUCCAUUAAUGCUAAUCACUAACUAGAACUUGGUCAGAUGCUAAUCGCUAGCUAGUCCCUGUCUAGUUGCUAAUCACUAGCUAGAAUCUGACUGAAUCCUAAUCAAAUUUCAAAACAUCAAUUUAAAAAAACUCUUAUUUCACUCAAUGGAGAAAUUCUGUACUAAUUGACAGACACGAAAUUGCUAGGAGGACCCAAAUGGAUGCUAAUCAAGAGCAUGGACGCAACCAGGCACUAAACACAAGCUAAGUUCUACCUAGCUAAUCAUUUACAGUGAUGACUUUCUUCAAGUUUUUUUCACACAUCGUAAAGAUACACAGUGAAACCAACAGCGUUUUAUUCAACAUCACAGUCUGAUUUCUCAGAUGUACCCCCUGCAACAGCCAGAAACUAUACCAUUUUGCAUUUUCCCUUCUCCGAAAUGCAUCAACUUUGAAAAUAAGCUCCUUCAUGGAAUCGAGAUUCAGAAUGGAGAGAAAGCUGGAGCCACCUUCAAGGACUGGAUUUGAGCAACACUGUUCUUCUGAAUCCACAUCACACCAUCCGGACUUGAAAACGAAGGAAUAGCAUAAAACGGGGAUGAACAUUUACUGAAAUAUGUGAAGUUUUGAGAAUUAACGAUAAUAAGCGAUGAUUUUAGAGUACACUGAUGAUAGCUAAACACUAAAUACUACUGCUUACAGGCUAUAAAUUAGCAUCAAGGUGCCAGGUGAUUGUGGUAUCAAUUAGCAAAAUAGCAUUAAAAUAUUAAAGCUUGGAAAUAUGCAGAAUUGUAUUAGCUAGCCACUUGAGGAAAUGGGAUCGCAGGUAUAUUUUUUUUCGUGGGGAUUUUUUUUUUUUUUUUGUAAAAUUCACAAAAACCUAAGCAACAUGCUUAACUUUGAGUAAUUAGAUCAAUUCUUUCUAAAAGUAAAUAAUUAUACAUGACACUAAGUGCUAAUAUACCAUGCUAUUAUUAACACAUAAGCUAAGAACACUGUAGUGAAUUUUAUUUUUUAUUUUUUUCCCAUUUACUCAAGUGGCGAAGCCUGGAAAGUUUGUUUUAGUUAGAAACCAAAGUCACAUGAGACAUUUUUUCCCACAUGAAGGACGAGCAAUUAAUGGAAUCUGCACCUAGCUCUGCAUGAUUAUACUGAUAGUCGCACACUGUAUAUUAUUUUUUAUUUUCCUAUUAAAACCUAGAUAACACUGUGCAUUAUUAAAGUACUUAUCUUCUCUGAGGCUUUGCUCUGAAGGAUUUUUAUGAGCAGAGGUAAAUCGUUAGGGUGUUAUUUUUUUUUUUUUUCUCUUUAAGUAAUCAAGCUAAUAUAUCCUGUAAAUCAGAAAUCAGAGAUUUUUAUAUCAGUAUUGGUUAUGUGUGUAAAACGUUAUGAUCCCUAAGAUCUUUUUUUUUUCUUUCGUACCAAAUGGAAGACGUUUUUAAACACCGACUACUGUUUGUACAUUAAACUGUGUGGAAGGGCCUGUGUGGACUGUGAAAGAAGUACCAUCAUUUUGUAACAUAUAACAUGAAAUAUGAAUUAAAUAAUAUUCUUUAAAAAAAAAUGCAUUUUAACAAGUUUUUUUGCUUUUUUUUUUUUUUUUUUUUUUUUUUUUUUACUGCUUAGCACCAAAUGGAAAAUAGAACUACAUGAUGUUUGAUUUCGUCCCCAUUCGCUGUCCAGAAGACAAUACAAUAUAAUAGAUAUAUGUACUUAUAUAUGCAGCGUGAUCAGUCAUGAUGCAUCAUCUUCAUCCAUGUCAGCUUGGUGUAAUAUUUCCCAGCAGCGUCAUGCAAUUCUGUCCUCAAUGGCCUUCCAUAACACACAACACCAGUGAUGGGCAAACUACAGCUCCAGCUAGUUUUACCCACUUGUUAAGGGCAAAAGGAAAUUAUUCAGUAUUCAGUAUUCACCACUUUUCACUUGUGAGCUGCUAAUUUUAGUACUUCUCCUCAUUCUUACCACUAGAUGCUGCACAACUCUACACUAAUUCAUUCUCUGGAGAAUAAGGAUUGGAAUUUUUUUAUUUUCCCAACAAAAACAGCCAGGGGAACCUGUGUGAACGGUUGACGGAACAACUGUUAUAACACGAGUGAUGAGUGAUAAGCAAGAUGUGUUGUUGUUAAUAAAUAAAAAAUUGCUGUUGUUGGCAAA